UUUAUUGUCUUGUUUGCUCUGCCACCCCUGUGACUAUGAGUUUCAAACGAUCCAAAUAGCUUCACUAAUUUUAGCUCCUUUCUAUUAUCUCUGUUCUUAAAUGCAAAUCUCUCUCGUAUCAGUUGAUCGCCGGAAUUUUCAUCUUCUCUUUUCUCUCUAACUUCAUCAUUAUUAAUUCCCUUAGCUCACAAUCAAUCCAUGCUUUGUUAAUGAAGGAAAGAAUUUCCAGGAAAAGAAAAAAGAAAAAGUUUCUGAUUCAAUUACAUCAUCUACAGGCUUCUUCACUGGAUCCAACAAUACAGUUCAGUGCACAGUAAAUUUACUGUUAUUCUUCUUCUUCUUCUUCAUCAUUCAUCUUCUUCUUCUUGUGUUUGUACAACUGGGUUUUCAUCUUCUGCAUUGGUUUUUCUAUGGGCGCAUGAAUUUUGGAUGCCUGUCUUGUGGAUUGCCUUUUGUAUUAUGAAACUUUUUGGGGUGGGAUUUGAGUUGGGAUAUAAAUAAAGAGGAAAAAAAACUAUUUGGCUAGUAUUUUUUUUUUUCUUUUUUGGAGCAGUAAUGCUGUCUGCAAAUGACCCGAUGGAAUCAUUUCUAAAUUCUAUUCAAGUGGUGAAAGAUGCGCUCUCACCGCUUGAACUUGGGAUUCGGAAAGCGGCUAAGGAUCUGGAGAGUUGCUGGGGAGUUUCUAAGAACUUUAGGGUCAAUCAUCUUGAAUUGAGUUCCAAUGAUAGUAAGAACAAGAACAAUAAGGUUCAGAUCUGUGCUGUGAAAAAGAGAAGUACUAGUAAUAUCAAUGGCAAUAAUGGGAACUCUGUGGCUGGUCAAGAGAGAAAGGAAGGUUUAUCUGUUAAGGUACCUAUUGAAACUUUGUUGGGCAUGUUUUCACUGAAUCUGGAACAUGGGUUUAAUAAGAGACAGAUGAAAGAGAGAGAAAUGGGGAGUGAAGAUGGCUUCUUCAUUAGUAGCUUUGUUCAGGCAUUUCCUAGUCCUUUCAAGACAAGCAAGAAGCAGUUCCAGAAAGUGGGUGACAAUGAUUGUAGCAAUUUGCAUUUGUGCAGACAGGGGUCAAAAUCAAAGGUUUCAAGUGAAUUAAAGCAAAAGGAAUCACAAGGUCAAUAUGCUAGAGCUGUCCAGAGUGAUAGUGAAAAUAAUAAAGCAAGGAAACAUGUAUCGCUUGAAUGUUUUGUAGGUUUUAUUUUUAAUCAAUUGGUUCAUAACUUAAAGAAUUUUGAUCAAAAUUUUCAGCAGGCAGACAGCAAAGGUAGUGAUUAUGACUGUUCUACUCCACCUCCAGAAUCCUACCAAUUUGAUCAUUUGAGGGCAGUCAUGAGUAUUUGGGAAGGUCGAAGGAUGGAUGUAAAUGGGUUUUUGAGGAAUUUGAAGUUUGCCAGAGUAGGAGGUGUUCCUUCAGGUAUUGUUGGAGUAUCUCCUUCAGUCAAUGAAGAAGGUGAUGGUAGUAUAAGUGCUGGCAGGGGGGAGGAAACAGGGGGUAGUUCACCACAGAAGUUGGCAAGUAUGUUACUGAGUAUUCCCAUGUCAAAUGUAGAGCGUUUAAGAUCAACAUUAUCUACAGUUUCAUUGACUGAGCUAAUUGACCUUGUGCCACACCUGGGGCGAUCUUCUAAAGACUACCCUGAUAAGGAGAAGCUAUUUUCAGUGCAGGAUUUCUUUAGGUACACAGAGUCUGAAGGAAGGAGGUUCUUUGAGGAACUAGAUAGAGAUGGUGAUGGUCAAGUAACAUUAGAAGAUCUUGAGAUUGCAAUGAAAAAAAGGAAUUUGCCACCGAAGUAUGCUCGGGAAUUUAUGCAGCGUGCUAGGAGUCACUUGUUUGCAAAAUCAUUUGGUUGGAAACAAUUUCUGUCCUUGAUGGAACAGAAGGAACCAACCAUUCUCCGAGCUUAUACUUCCCUCUGUUUAAACCAAUCUGGGACCCUUAAAAAGAGUGAAAUAUUGGCAUCACUUAAAAAUGCUGGACUUCCAGCAAAUGAAGACAAUGCUUUUGGAAUGAUGCGAUUUCUGAAUGCUGGCACAGAAGAAUCUAUUUCUUAUGGGCAUUUUCGCAAUUUUAUGCUUUUGCUACCUUCUGAUCGACUUCAAGAUGAUCCUAGGAGCGUAUGGUUUGAAGCUGCUACUGUUGUUGCUGUUGCCCCACCUGUGGAGAUACCAGCUGGAAGUGUUCUAAAAUCUGCAUUGGCUGGGGGGCUAUCAUGUGCAUUCUCUUGUGCUAUGAUGCAUCCUGUUGAUACAAUAAAGACUCGAGUACAAGCAUCAACGCUUUCUUUCCCAGAGAUUAUUUCAAAGCUUCCAGAAAUUGGACUUCAGGGAUUAUACCUGGGUUCAAUCCCUGCAAUCCUAGGACAGUUUUCAAGCCAUGGCCUGCGAACUGGGAUAUGUGAAGCUAGUAAACUUUUGCUCAUACAUGUAGCCCCAACGCUCCCAGACAUACAGGUUGAAUCUAUAUCAUCAUUCUGCAGCACAGUUUUGGGGACAGCAGCUCGGAUCCCUUGUGAGGUAUUGAAGCAGCGCUUGCAGGCAGGUCUUUAUGACAAUGUAGGGCAGGCUAUAAUUGGUACAUGGCAGCAAGAUGGUCUCAAGGGAUUUUUUCGUGGGACUGGGGCGACGCUUUGCCGUGAGGUUCCAUUUUAUGUUGCUGGCAUGGGCCUAUAUGCUGAAUCCAAAAAGCUUGCUCAGCAUCUUCUACGACGGGAGCUAGAACCCUGGGAAACAAUUGUAGUUGGGGCUAUAUCUGGAGGGCUAGCUGCUGUAACCACUACUCCUUUUGAUGUGAUGAAAACUAGAAUGAUGACAACACAUGGACAAUCCCUAUCAAUGACAAUGGUUGCCUUCUCCAUACUUCGUAGUGAUGGACCCCUUGGCCUAUUUAAAGGAGCAGUACCAAGGUUUUUCUGGAUUGCCCCUUUAGGUGCCAUGAACUUUGCUGGUUAUGAGCUAGCGAGGAAGGCCAUGGACAGAUUUUGAGGAGACGAAUGAUCCACUGUCUCAGAAGAAGUUGACUAAUUCUGGGUUGUUUUUGUGAAACUUGAAAACAUUGGAGCAUCCAGGUUUUUGUUUUGUGAAUGUUGCUGGAAAGUUUCAUGGUCUUUUCGAAUUUUCAGCAGCAUAUACACAGAUAUCAUCAGCCGACAAGUCUAAAUCUUCUUCAGCUUAUGCAUAGUGCUUUUUUUUUUUUUGGAUUGAUUAGAAAGAGAACUGAAUAAAAGAACUAGCCUCCGUCUCUAGGAACAGCAACACCAUGAAGGUCCUGCUGAAGCAAAAUCUGGAGCGCCCGAGUGACUUGGCUUUGGCAGCCAACUAGUCGGCACAAGCAUUUGCCUGCCUGUAAAUGUGAGGAACCGUGACUUCCCAUUGUUCGCCCAAGGCUUGUUUGAUCAACCUAACCGGCGAGCGAACAAAGCCUGCACUUGGAGAUUCGGUGUUCACGAUCCUAACUGCCUGAAGGCUGUUGCGCAUAUGUCUUUUGCUCACUCUUGUAACUGGUAAAUAUCUGUACAUUACAUGUGCAAUUAACCUUGUUAACUGCUUCAUCUGAAAGUCUAAUUCUGUAUUAGGUAUAGAGAAAUUAUUGC